AUGCGUCAGCAUGGAUAUCUUACUUGGGAGGCCAGGAUGAAAGUUCUCAUUGGAACUGCUAAGGCGCUUGCUUACUUGCACGAGGCUAUUGAGCCAAAAGUAGUGCACAGAGAUAUCAAGUCCAGCAACAUACUGAUUGAUGAUGAUUUCAAUGCCAAGAGCCAGGAUUAUCAUCAAGAGGCAGAUUUAGAUCAGGUAGAACAAAGAGACUCUGUCUGCUGGCAGCAUCCUUAUUUUCUGCUUCGUGAGAAUCAGAAGGGGGAGAUGAUGAUACUGCAACUUAAAGCUCGGUCGGUAUAUGGGACAGUGUUAGACAUUAAUAAUGCCUUCUUACAUGGUUUUCUCGAUGAAGACAUCUAUGUUCAACAACCACAUGAGUUUGAGGAUUCUUCGAAACUAGAUCAUGUAUUUUAUGUUGAUGAUUUGAUUCUCACUAGAAAUUUGGCUAUUGCCAUUGAUAAGUUUCUUGCUGCUCUCUCCAAUAUCUUUCCAUUAAAGGUUCUUGGGUCGUUGCAUUACUUCAUUGGUAUUGAAGCACACUCCACUGCCACUGGUCUUACUUUAUCUCAACAACGCUACAUAACCGAGCUCCUAUGUCAUACUCAUCUUGAUGGUGCAAAGCCUGCCUCCACUCCCAUGGCAACUUCCAUGAAACUCUCCAAAUUCUCUGGAACAUCUCUUGCUGAUCCUACAGAGUAUCAAAGUGUUGUUGGUGCUCUUCAAUAUGUCACACUAACCCGGCCUGAUAUCUCCUUUGUAGUGAAUAAAGUUUUCCAGUUCUUACAAUCACCCACUGAAGAGCAUUGUAAUGUGGUCAAACACGCAUUGCGUUACCUCAAAGGUACUAUUGAUUUUGACCUUCAUUUUCGGGCCUCUGAUCUUGUACUGACCAACUAUUUAGAUGCUGACUGGACUAGCUUUCCGGAUGACAAGUGA